AUGAAAGUGAACAUAUUUGAAAACCAAUUUCAGAAACAACUGCCAAACAUUUCAAAGACACCACAAGCAAAAAGCUAGUAGACUUUAGAACAUAUAUUUAAUACUUCCUUAAAAUAACCGAGACACUUAAAUGAUCAUUCAGUGAAAUCCCUUCAUAACUUAAAUAACGUCUCGUUUAUUCGAAAUGAAAAGCAUGAUGUCAAAUAAGAUGUAUCAAUAGAUUAUUUAACAUAGCAAUAUUAUACAUCUCCAUUACUUAACAAGACAUAAUUGCUUGAAAUUGAGAGGUAAAGCAAAUAAAGAAGGAAUGAAAUGUAUUCCUAAAUGCUGAGCGAGAAUCCUUUUAAAUUUAAUGACUCCUAAGAGGAAAUCACAUUAGAACAUCCUAGAAUAUCUUCUAUUCAUGUUAAUCUAUUUGAUUUGAAGGACAAAGAGAAAUUAACUCAACUCCUCUAAGAAACUAGUGAAUUUUCAGAUAAGCUCUCUCAGCAUAAUCCGCAAUAAAAACCGGCUAAUGUAAUAGUACAAAGACAGGACGUGAUCAAAUUGGCUCAAUGGAUAGACUAUCAAAUGAAAACUAUUGUCGAAGACACAAAACUAAAAGAAGAUUAGAUGCUUCAUCAAGUUGAGCAAGUCUUUAACUAAAGUCUCAAAGAGUUAGUAAGGGAAAUCUCAAUCGAUUGUAUAGAAAAAGGAGUACUAUUGGAGAAGAUUUGGAAUCAAUACGUUAAUUUUAAUAGUAUCGUAAUUUAGGCGAUUCAGCAGGAGAAGAUCAAUUCAGAGAAUGAAUAUUUAAAUGAUUUGAAACAAAUUCAUUAAACCUAUCAAAUGUCCGUUAAGGUUCAAGAAGAUAAAAUUAAGUUGCUAGAAACAUAAUUACAAUAACUACAAUAUAAACACAAUGAGACAGUGGUUGACUAUGAUAAUUUGUUGCAAAAAUAUGAUUACUUGGUCAACUAGUACAAAGAACUCAAAUCAGAGGACUAAGAAUUAAGAAAUGAUUACUAGAUUGCUAUGAAUGACAUCGACUAAUUGACCUAAUAAAUCAAUGCUUUAUAAAUAGAAAAUCAAAAGACUUUAAAAUAAUUAAAUGAUAGAAUCAAUUACAACUUUUAGAAAUCUAAAAGAUAAUCUUAUAUAUUCUCAGAUACUGAUGCAUUAUAUCCCGAUCACAAAUCCACAAGUUGCUAUGAUCUAUACACUACGAUGGAGAUACAUGUGAGUUAGGCUUGUCAAACUAUUCAAUUAACUGAAUUACGCACUUCUGAAGCUCAAACAGAUUUUAAAUAUUUCAAAUAAGUUGGCGUUUAAUGUUCAGAAUUGAUCGUUGAAGAACAACGUCCCUAAUCCAACCAUUAAAAUGAAAAAAAUAAUCAUGCCUAAAUGGAAGAGGUUAGAAAAUUAAAAGAGCUGAAUUUUACAUUAGAAGAAAAAAUAAGAAUGGAAAUUUAAGCUUAAAAUGAGUUUAGAAAGUAAAGAUAAUAAGUUCAAAGGGAAAGUGACUAAUAAAAAAUAAAAAUAACGAAUUUGGAAAAUACAAUCACAUAAUUAUAAAUAGAUUUAGAUAAUUUAUAGACUCAAAUUGAUAAUAAGUAGGAUUCAAAAUAAAAAGAAAUUACUGUUGUUAGUAUUGAUUAAAAGAAUACGGAUUAAUAGAUGACACUUGCUCCUUAAUUUACAUCUUCUACAAUGAAAACUCAAUAAAAACAGGAGACCUAACAUAAGACUUAAGAGAAUCUUCCAGAAAUAAAAUAAAACAAUUCAUAAUAAAAAAAGUAAAUCAAUUAAGAUUAAAUAAAGCAAACUUAGAAAUAAUAAUAGUAGUAAUAAUAGUAAUAAUAAUAAUAAUAGCAAACGAUGAAAUAAACCAAUAAUGGUUUUAAUAAAGUUAAAUCUGUUGAUGUUAAAGAUUAAAAAAAAUAGGUUAAGAUAAUUAAAAACUCUUAACUCAUUCCUCGAAAAUCUUCUUAAGAUUCUGUCCAAAAUAUUAAUAAUAGUUAAGAUAAUGAUACUAAUGCAAACUCCAAUGAAGACUUCUUAAGUAGAGCUUUAGAAGAAUUAACUAAAGAUGGACGCUAACUUAAAAUAACGCAAAACUCAAAUCAAAGGCUUAACAAACUCAAUAAUAAAAUUAUAUUCUCAUUUAAUAAGAGAAAUAAUGUAAAUAUUUUGAUAAAAUUGAUAGAGCAAAUAUUAUAGAGAUUGUUAAAAGAUAAAAAAGAAAACAUUUAUGUAGACGUUGCUUUAGCUUUCAUCAAUCAAUUACAUUAAGACUUCUAAAUGAAUCCGAAUUAAGUAGAAAAUACCCUAACUAUUUAAAAUUCUUUAAAAUAAAUAUCAUUAUUUUAUAAAGAGAAAUUGGAUUCUAAAUAUCCUCUCUAUGCCAUCUGCUAUGAGUAUUACAUGAAUUAGUAUGGACUAAAAAAUGUAGCUGAAUAAAAAAUGACUUAAUUUUGUUAAAGUCUAAUUGUGUAUCAAUAGAAUUACAGAAUCAAAUUAUUUGCUCGAUUUUUACACUUAUUUGAUAAUAUUUCUAAUGAAGAUUUUGAAUUUUACAUAUAAUCUUUGAGUUAAUUGGAUGAAUAUUAGAAUGCUCAGAAUUUGAUAUAGUGUACUCCUUCGCAUGAUUGUGUUAUGGUACUAUUUCAAAAGGUUAAAUAAUAACUAUAGAGUUUUAACAACACUGGCAAAGAGUUAAUAGACAAAUUUGCCAUUUAUUGCAAAAACAUAAAAGGAGAAAGUUAUUUAGAUUUAGAUUAAUACUAUUUGGAAUCAUUAGAACAAUUUCAAUUCGUAAGGAAAGUCUAAAAUGAUAAUUUUCAUCAAUUAUUUUUAGCUAUAGACGUUGACGAUAAUCAAAAAAUAAGUGAAGAUGAAUUUAAGAUUCUCUAUACUUUAAUAGAGGAUAAUAAAAACAUGCUCAAAUACAUAAAAUUAUUUUAAAUAUAGUGUUAAAAUGAUAAUGGACUUAACUUUUAUUAGUUUGGAUUGUUUUUAAGAUAAAUUCUUCCUCUCUCACUAAGCAGAACAAUAAUUCCUGUAAUUAAAGAUAACUUGGGGACAUUAAAGAAAAAUAAUAAGUUAACGAUUGAGAGAUUCCAAUAAUUUCACCUAAUACUAUCAAGAUUUGAUUAGAAAAUUAGAUGA